AUAGAGCCUUCACGCGAAGAUGAUGAUAGAAGACCCGUGUCUAUCUGAAGAGUGGAAAGCGCGAGUAGUGGUAUAUGAACAGUACAAACCUUAUCGAGGGUUGAUGAGAUACUUACAGGAGUGGAAAGUGAGAGUAGCAGUAUAUUGGCGGUGCAAACCUAAUCGAAAAUUUGUGACGCCAAAUUUGAUUCGAUGCGUGCAUGUGGUUAGGUGGUUGUUGCCUCCUGCAUUCUACAAGUAUGCAUUACUAACCGAUAGCAUACGCGCCUACCUAACAUAUCAUAUUUGCCUCAAUUUGGAAGGGUCCAUCUCGCUCUUGCCAGGUACUGAAAUGACUCGAGGCAACAACCUGUUCAGGCUUAUUGCCUCGUCUCAUUUGAUUUCUCACAUCCCACAAUUCACAGCUCUACAUCCCGCAAUUCUGCAAUUCACUUUCUUGCAAUUUAUCAGCGGCCCUCUAUAUCGCCUUCGUUCAUCUAGCGCCUCUACCAUUGACCUGCAUCUCGGUAUUUACAUCUACUAGCACCAUCCUCGAUCGUCGUUGUCUUUCCCUCCCGCCUCAUAACCAGACAUGUCGGGAAAAGAUCCGGGUAAACACUUCUCGAAGGAUGGGAAAAACUUGGGCGGACGGCCCACGAAAGAGGAUCUCGCGAAUCGUCUAAAAGCAUGGCCCAUUCGUAAGAGCGAACGCGUCAAGAAAUCAAGGCUUUCCGAUUACGCUUCAGAAGUCAUAGACCUGAGCGGCUUGGAGGAUGAGGAAGCGCUAACCCAACCCGGCCCUUCCAAAGCACCCAACUCUACGAAGCGAACCUCUACCAAGAAAGCUCCCCGCGGCAGCCGUAGCAUCUACCCCGUCCCUCCCAGCCGCGACCUGGUGCAGGAAGCGGAUUUCGAGUCGGCGAUGAUACCUGGCGAAGAGACGAAUGUGCCCUGGGUCGAGCAGAACUGGAACGAGAGCGAUCGUACCAACCACCCCGGCCUUGCCAACAUGGUAAAGACUCCCGCAUGGCACGAGUUCUGGAGGUCGAUGGUGCACAUAUUUCAUUCUACGCCACACGAUCUUUUCACCUGGGGCUUGUGUUUGGGGGAGGUAGAAAGCUCGGAGAUAAUACGGGACCUGUGCGAGCUGCUCCCACACCCCAUAUGGAACGGCGAGCUCUUCAUCCUAAGAUACGCCAUGCAGAUGGCCAUAGCCUUACGAACCAAGUCGCACAUGAGCCCAUUAUGCCCCUUGGAUCCUACCGUGAUGGAUAAGAUACCCCAGUUCCGUCGCCCCAAAGACAACGACAUGUCCCUUGAAGAUAGGUCGAGCUUUGCCCUGACGCUAUGGGGUGCUACGAAACCCGACAACGGAAAGGAGACGAAAAAUUUCUUCUCUAAGCUCCGCGAAUUCCUCGCCGGCAAGGAAGAAGCAGCGGAAAAUGAGAGAGAAGAGCGUGUAUUCCGGCUGCGGCACCACGACGUAACUAACGUUCGCAAGGUGCUCGACGCCCUCUACGAAGAAGAGGUUUACCGCCACGACGUACGGAGCUAUUAUAACGGGUACGUAAUGUCUACUGGCCCCUUCAGCGGAGACAUGGCCCCAACGUCGCUAGAUACCCUAAAUAGAUGGGACGUGGCAGUCAUCCGCCGAAAAUUCAAAGAUUGGGAGCAGGGACAGCCAGAUUUCCCCGAGGGGGAGAUAAACGACCAAAUUCAGAUAGCAUUUUGGUUAAGUCCCUCGUGCGACCCGAGAUUUAAGGCCUGCAUACUUAACGACCCGCUGCCCGCAAACCGCGGGUGGCUUUCCGUGCUGCCUAAGGGAACCGGCGGCGAGGUGGCCUCGGCGCAGGAGGGGGUUGAGGAGGAAUUCGAAAUUGACGGGAUUCAGUUUACUAGAUGUUGCAACAUAGCUAGAGUUAAUACAUAGGUACAUUUAAUACAUUAGUGCCAAAAACCAAAAAAUUAAUGUUAGAUUGACCAUAUGACCAAAAGGUAUUGUCACACAGCCGAUAUGUACUAUUAAGGCAAUAAUUGAGGUGAUAUUGAUGUAAUUACUAAUGAUCUGGUUGAAUGUGUUAAGAC